ACACAAGAACAAAAACAAAUCAAUGGGAGGAAGAGAGGGAGGGGCACGUGAAAUGAGUGAAUGUGAAGGCAGCAGCAAUCAAAAUUAAUCAUGCUGCUUUCCUCCACACCAACCUUUGGUCUAUUUUUAUGAGAGAGAGAGAGGAAGAUGAAAGAUGAUGGAGAAUGCCACAGCAGCUGAGUGAGGAAGAAAUGGAACAAGCGAGGCAGUGGGAGGAAGUGGAGGAGGAGAUUGAGGAAGUGGGUUUGAGAAAAACAAGGUCCCAGAACCACGCCGUGGUCCCCCCCGCCCCCGCCCCCGCCCCCACCGCCACCGCCACGGUCACCACCACUGAGUUUGGCAGCGUAAGAAUCGAAGAUGAAGUAGUAUUUGAAGAAAGGGUUGAUGUGGAGGAUGGUAGAGGUGUGAUCAAAUUUGGUGACGCUGAAUCUUUUGUUCUUGAGAAAAAUUCUAGUGAUGAAGGAUUGGAUGUCACAGCAAAGAUCACUGACAUUCGAAAGAGUCUAAGCACUAUUAUCAAACAUCAAAAUGGAGAAAACAGUAGGGAUGAAAGUUUGCCUCGCAAUCUUUCAACUUUUGAUGAGUCAUAUGAGGAACGAAUUACACGCUUCAAACCUUCUGACAGUGAGAUAAUAGAACGUGCAAGUAUUGAUUUAAUAAAAGAAACUGACGAAGAAACAGAAUUUGAACUUGAGAGGUUAUUAGAGAAGCCAAAUUCACACAAGUUCUACUGUCCUAAUUGUAAUGCAUGCAUUGAAAAGAUUAUUCUUCUUAGGAGAGAACAGGAGAGGCUUCUUGCAGCUGUAAACAACCUUGAACGUAGUGAGCCCAUUGAGACGACAUUCACAUGCACAUCAUGCUACACCUUUCUUGUUUUCAUAGGGAAUCAACUCAUCUCUAUUUUUACCCCUAGAAGGAAAGAGCCAAAAGGAAGUGAGAGGUCCCACAUGGAAGGAAGUGAUGUUGAAGCUUUGGUUCCAUCACGAAGUUUGGACAUAUCAUUGCCUGAUCAAAGUCAUCAGCCUCCAUCUAUUCAAAAAGCUUCAUUGCCUGUCCUUCCAUCGGACAAUGGAGGACUUGCUAACAAUUUGACCCCUACUAUUGAAGAAGUCAAAGAAGAUAUUGUGGAAGGAUCCUCACUGCCUCGAGGUAUGGAAAUUGAUGUCAGAGAGAUAUCAGAAAAUGCAAUAAGAAAUAAGACAGGAUAUGAUCAGAGACAAUAUGUGGAAGAGAAUAGUGUUACAACAAGAGAUCCAUUGCAUAACUUGAAUGGAAUGCUAUUUGACCGAAAUGGUCACAUACCCUAUACACAAAAUGCUUCAACUUCUGUUUAUUUAUUUGGCAUUGAAGGAACUGAAAUUAGCACAACCACUUCUCUCACUCAAGGAUCUCCACUCACCAAAGAUGUGAAAAUUGAUAUCAGAGAAAAAGUAGAUGAUGCAAUGGAAAUGAACAAUGAAGAUGAAAAUAACAUACAACAGGCUGCAUUUCACAAAGAAUCCAUAAUUGAAAUUGGAGAGAGUGGCAAACAAGAAGAAACAUUUCAUGAAGGAUUUGUAGAUGAAACUAAAGGAAAAGGUCCACUUGAGCCAAGAUUUUCUCAGGCUGCACGAAGUGUUAGUAUUUCAGAAACACAUAUAGCACCAAGGAGUGCUAACAAAUGGGGUGUUGUAAAAGGCGUUGUGUCUGGUAGCUUAACAGAAUCAAGUAAAGGCCCAGGAGUUGUUACAUCUGAUAUUGCAUCAAGGUCAAUGGAACCAGGAGAUUUUCAGAAUGUACAAGAUGUUACAGGUUCAGAAACAAUUACAAUUACUGAAACAGAAAAUUCUAAAAAGUGGGGUAUUCUAAAAGGCAUUGUGAAUGUUGGCUUGACAAAAUCAAUCACAAGCCCAAGUGUUGUGCCAUCUCCAGUUGAGGCCAUAGGGUCAAUGGGACCAGGAGAUCUUCAGAAUGCACAAGAUGUUACUGGUUCAGAAACAAUUACAAUUAUUGAAACAGAAAAUGCUAAAAAGUGGGGUUUUCUAAAAGGCAUUGUGAAUGUUGGCUUGACAAAAUCAAUUACAAGCCCAAGCAUUGUGCCAUCUCCGGUUGAGGCCAUAGGGUCAGAUGAACCACUAGCUUCUCCAAUCACACAAGUUAUUCCUGUUCUAGAAGCACCUACAAUUUCUGGACCAGAAAAUUCUAAGAAAUGGGAAAUCUUAAAAAGCAUUGUGUAUGGUGGUCUAAUAGAAUCAAUUACAAGCCUGAGCAUUGUAACAUCUGCAGCCGGUGCUGAUGCUACCACAUUGCACAUUUUAGCUUUGGGAUUGGCAAAUCUGAUUGGUGGCCUUUUUGUGAUUGGUCAUAAUCUUAUUGAACUAAGAAAUGAUCAAUCUGAAGAGUCCACUAGUCAAACAAGCAAAGAAAUGGAUCGUUAUUACCGACAACUGGGUCAAAGAGAGAAUUUCAAACUUCAUGCAACAGUGGUUGUGUUAUCAUUUCUCCUUUUUGGCUUAGUGGCUCCUGUGACUUAUGGCUUCUCAUUUCUUAAGAGUGGCAACAAGGAUAUGAAGCUUGUAGCAGUUGCAGCAGCUUCUCUAUUAUGUAUCACUAUGCUUGCUAUUGGAAAGGCUUACAUCCAAAAGGCAUCCAAUUUUUAUGGGUACAUCAAAACCAUAUUGUAUUAUGUUAUUGCUGGGUUUAUGGCAUCAGGUGUUUCUUAUGUAGUUGGCGAUCUAAUCAAGAAGCUCCUUGAGAAACUGGGUUUGUUUGAGUCAAGUGCAGCUUCCACUCUGUCCCUUCCUGGGACUGCACUGGCAAAAUCUGGAUGGGGAUCCUACUGAUGAAAUCCCAUGACUAUGUAGUUGGCCUUGGUAGUAGGUGGAGUAUCAUUGAAGUGCUGCAAGUUGACUGUCAAAUCUAGAGGAUCCAACCAAUAAUUGCGACUGAUUUACAGUAGUUUCUUCUCAGAUUCCACUUGCUUUUCAUUUAGAUUAUUGUAAGACAUAUUUGCCUUGCAAUUUUGGUAUGUUAGUAGAAUUGCUUUAGCUUCUUUAUAUUUACUAUCUUAUUAGCUAGCAGAGACUAAAUUGUACCUGUCCUCCCAGAGACAGGUGUAAACUCAUCCCCCUUUUUUGUUGAAACUUUCACUUGGGACCUGUUUGAUGGUCUCUUAAGGUUAGAGAAAUUCAAUUUUGACAUAUAACUGAUAACCAAUUUAUCA